AGUUGUUAUGGUUUUGGUAGAGAGAGCUAGUGAUAAACGAGGGAUCAAACUAGUAAUAGAAUGCUGGCAAAGAGGGGUCCUUGAUACUGAUGUGGAUUCUCCCAAUUUGCUUAACUCUCUUGAAUCGUUCUUUUCACUUUUCUGCUACAAUCUGCCACCACUCUGCAGUGCAGUGCAGUGCCCACUUCCUCUCUCCUCUCCUCACCCAUAGUUACAUUGCAGCUCUGCCAAAGCACCCUCCAAUUUAUGUACCUCUCUUCUCGUCUCUUUCUUCAUGCUAUACGCCAUGACAACAAAAACAACAUAAGAAAGUAGAGCAUAAAUAAAUAAAAUUAUAAGAGCCAUCUACCAACUACCACACCCCAAAAAGCAAUUAAAUCUUAAACCAUCUUCUUCUUCUUCUUCUUCUUCUUCUUCUUCUUCUUCUUCUUAUCUAUCUAAUCUCUCUUUGGUUGGGUUGGUUCCCAAGUCACAACACAAGUCCAGGAAGAACCUCAGUGGAUCUCAUUAGUUAAAUUGCAUUUAAUUUUGCUGCAUAUUAAUUAGUCUUUUCUUUUAUUAGAUGGGGGGAGUGACCCCAAGAGAGUGACAUAGAUAUGCAUUCAUGGCUUCACUUAAUUCAUAUCACUAUUUCCCACCAACCACCACCUUCACCUUCCUCCUUUUACUUCUGUUGCAUCAUAUUUUAACUCCGGUUUCUUGUUACAAUAAGCCACAACCACCACCAGUUUCUCACCGGGAACUGUUAUUUGAGGAGAAAAACAGGCUGGGUUCAAUACCACCAAGCUGCCACAACAAGUGCAAUGAGUGUCAUCCAUGCAUGGCGGUUCAGGUUCCAACUUUACCUACCCACAACAACCAAGAUCUUACCAAAUCCAGAAAAAAGGGCUUGUUUAGUUCAUCUCUUGAAGGUAACCGCAACAGUAACAGGUACUCCAAUUACAAGCCACUGGGUUGGAAAUGCCACUGUGGUAACCACUUCUUCAACCCUUAGAAAAUUCAUUCCUCAAGAUUCAUCACCAGUCUCACCCUUGAUUUAUUACCCGCCUCCUAUUCUUCUUUCUCCAGUGCUGCUUAAUUAAAUUAUUGCAAAAAGAUUGUAUUUUUGCUUUUAGAAAAGAAAGGGGAGGGGUGGUAUUGGUUAGGGUGACAGAAAUGCGUCACUGGCGUCAGCAUUGAUUGUGUACAUUGAAGUUUGAUACAAUUUGUACAGAGUUUGUUACAGAACUUUGUUCUGACUUGCUUCUUUAUUUAUGUUGCGUCUCAA